AUGAUCCAAAAGGCCGCGGAAAGGAUAGGAUUAGUUGAGGAAACGAAAUUAGAACCAACAUUUAAAGAAGGAAUUAGCAAAGUCGAAUCCUAUAGAUUAGCACUUGACGGUGCUUUAGACGGAUUGGAGCUGAUGAUUCAACCAAAUCGGAAAGUACUGGAAACUGGAGCCAUCAGUUCACCACCAAAACAAAAUCCUUACGAAUUGGCGGCAUCAGGUUGCACAAAGCUAAAACAGUUUGUAAACAACAGAUUAGAAAAUACAGGACCCAUUAAGCGUGAAUUACAGUCUCGCCUGGAUAUAAUAAUCAAUGCAAUGAAUAACAUGGCAUCAACAGAGAGGGCUGCUCAGACUAAAGGACGAGCUGCUAUUCGACGAAUACGGCGGUUUGUUACCGUCGAUAAUAAAGAGAUGAAAGCUGAUGUGGAAAAAAUGAAUGAAGGAUUGUUACAGAUGGAUGUUGCACGACAUGAGGUUAAAAAUUCCAAGACAAAGGAAGAACUGGAAGAGAAAGGUGUGUUAUAUCAAAAAACAGUGAGAAACUUCAACGAGCAGGCGUCUAAAAUCCAACUAGUUAUCGAUGAGCUUCCUUCAACUAUUUUCACUAACCAGCGAGAAGUUGUCAAGUUCUUCGCUCAAAGAGAAAAAUACCAUACAACUGCGGCCGAGAUCUUGAAAGAGGCAGUGGAAAAUCUUAAGAAAAAACAGUAA